AUGGCAUUGAAAGUUCUUAUUUUAGUUGGUGGUGAAACAACUGGUACUAGAUUUAGACCACUUACUAUGGAUGAACCAAAAUUAUUAUUUCCAAUUUGUGGUAAACCACUUAUUUCUCAUAUAAUUGAUAGUUUAGUUGAACAAUUGAGUCCUACUAAUGGCUUGGAGAUUUUAUUAAUGGGAUUUUUCAAAGAUUCACUGAAAUUUCAAGCUUAUGUUAAACACGCCAAUGACACUUAUCCUGAUUUAAAGAUUGAAUAUUUAUCAGAACCGGAAGCAAUGGGAACUGCUGGUGGUCUUUAUCAUUUUAGAGAUAAGAUUUUCACUGAUGCUGAUAGUAAAGUGUUAAUGAUUCAUGGGGAUGUUAUUUGUAAUUAUCCUUUCAAAGAUAUGUUAAAGGCUAAUUUGGAACAAAAGUCUAAUAUUACUAUUUUGGGAAUUGAUCCAGUUUCUUUGAUUAAAACUCCAAGAAUUCAAGUUCUGAAUGGUGGUGGAGAAGGUAAUACUCUUCCCUCAGAUGAAGAACUUUUACAGAAUUAUGGUGCUAUUGUUGCCAAUAAGAAUGAUUGUGGAGUUAUUCAUUAUGUUGAGAAACCUAGUUCAAAGAUUUCCAUGUUUAGACAAGAUACUACUUAUAGUAUUUUAUUAAAUGGUGGUAUUUAUAUAUUUGAUAGAUCUAUUUUAGAUUUGUUACAAGAAGCCAAGGUUAGUAAAGAACGUGGAGCUACUUUUGACUUUGAAGAAGAAGAUUUAGAUAAUGAAUUGGAUAAGAGUGAUUCCCUUUCCUUAGAAUUAGACGUUUUCAAGAUUUUGCCCCUGAUUAAACAAACAAAAUUCUCAGUUUAUAAAUCUAACGAUUUCUGGUAUCAAUUAAAGACUCCAGUUUCUGCAUUACUUGCCAAUAGUCUUUUCCUUUCUCAAGGUCCUUGUAAUGGUGGUAAUUUUGAUAAUAUUGAAAUUUUGAAACCAGUUCAAAUUGGAAAUUCAGAUUUAUCGAAUUCAAGUUCAUCUAAGAUUGGUCCAAAUGUUUCAAUUGGAAAUAAUGUCACCUUAGGUAAAGGUGUUAGAUUAUCAAAUUGUAUUAUUGCUGAUGAUGUAACUAUUGGAGAUAAUACAAUAAUUAAAAAUGCAAUUGUAUCUCGUGGAGCUAUUAUUGGAAAAUGGUGUAGACUUGAAGGUACUAUAACUGCCGAAACAUUGGCACAAAAUGUUAAUGUUGUUAGUGGAUAUUUGAAAUUACUUAAUAAUAUUGUGAUUUUAUGUCAAGGCACUACAGUUGCGAAUCAAGUGUUUGUUUACAAUUCAGUUGUGUUACCACAUAAGGAAUUGAAAAAGGAUGUUAAAUAUGAGAUUAUAAUGUAA